AUGGGACAGAUUCUGGGCCUUCCCAAGAUCUUUCAAAGUGUCUGGAGCCAUACUGAACGGGACAAGACGUUUAUGGAUUUGAUUCAGUUUCUCUCCCUCACGACGGAACCCAGCACUACACAUUUCCAAGACCAGCUCCGGUUCUGCCUUAAAGUUGAUGAAUAUAGCUCCACUUCUAAUGCAUCAGAUGAAAGCAAUGCAGAUUAUGAGUCUGCUUGCACUUACUCGGAUUAUGAGUCCAAGAGCAGCUCAGCAAAGCGGCCUCCAGACCGCUCGGGACAUGCUCCCAAUCGCCCAAUUGAUGCAGAUGCAGAAUUUAAGGAAAGUUUGACUAAGAUGGUCCAGAGGGCUUCAGAACCUGAUGCAGAUUUCAUAGGAAGAUUGAAGGAACCCAUUGAAAUGCAAGUUAAGCAUAAGGAAACUCAGCAAUUAUUGACUAAACAAUUGGCCUUUGAAAAUGCUGAUGAGGAUUGCCAGCCAUUCUGUGCCCUAUCAAAGAGAAGGCAGAUAUUAUGGGCUGUUGAAAGUGGACAGAUAGAUGUGUUAAAGCUGUUGCUUAGAGGUGGAGCAAAUGUUAAUGGAUCCCAUUCAAUGUGUGGAUGGAAUGCUUUGCACCAGGCUACUUUUCAGGAAAAUACUGAUAUGGUAAAAUUGCUUCUUAAAAAAGGAGCCAACAUGGAAUGUCAGGAUGACUUUGGAAUCACGCCUUUGUUUGUGACCGUCCAGUAUGUGAAGCUGGAGAGCUUGUGCUUACUUAUUUCCUCAGGUGCGAAUGUCAACUGCCAGGCCUUGGACAAAGCGAUUCCCUUGUUCAUUGCUACUCAGGAGGGUCACACGAGCUGUGUAGCGCAUUUGUUGUCCAGUAGGGCUGACCCAUAUCUUUACUGUAAUGAGGACAACUGGCAGUUACCUAUUCACGCAGCUGUGCAGAUGGGCCAUGCACAAAUCUUGGACUUGCUAAUACCACUUACUAACCGGAUCUGCGACACUGGCCCAGACAAAGUGAGUCCUGUUUACUCAGCAGUGUUUGGAGGGCAUAAAGAAUGUUUAAAGAAACUGCUCCAGUGCGGGUACUGUCCUAGUGCCCAGAUGUGUCUCAUUUUUGGAUAUACUUCUCCAUUAUGUAUGGCUUUCCAAAAGGACUGUGAAUUUUUCAGAAUUGUGAAUAUUCUUUUGAAGUAUGGUGCCCAGCUAAAUGAAGUUCAUUUGGCGUAUUGUCUGAAGUAUGAGAUGUUUUCAGAGUUUCGCUACUUUUUGAAGAAAAGCUACCCAGUGGAACCUUGGUACCACAUAUCUGAAUUUAUAGUUCAUGCAGUUAAAGCUCAGAAAGAAUACAAAGAAUGGUUACCGGCUCUGUUGCUUGCUGGAUUUGACCCUCUGAAUAUGCUCUGCAGUUCUUGGAUUGAUGCAGUCAGUGAUGAGGACCUUAUCUUCACGUUGGAGUUCACCAACUGGAGGAGGCUGCCCCCUGCUAUUGAGAAGAUACUCUCUGCUCAGGCUGCACACUCCACAGCGCCGCUGCAGGAGCAUGUUGGUAAGAAGGCUCUGUUCUGA